UGAGAUGGCUCCUCACCCACCUUCCACUUCAAAGUACACGACGCGCACUGAACCCAGAGGAAGGUAAUGGAGGUGGUGGGUUUGUCUCUGAACGCAGCGCUGGUUCGAACACCCUUGUCGAGUUCUAGAGCAAGUGAAGAUGGGUUCAUUAAGCACUCGAUUUUCUCUACUCGAACCGUACCAAAGUCCCAGAAGAAGAGGGCGUUAGUGGUGGAGGCCAAGGGGAAAAGGGGCAUGCAAGGGCGUCAGUUCCAGCGUCAGCCUCCACCGUUGCCCAAGAUUGAGGACGAUGGCAACCCCAAAUUCGUCAUCUUCAUCCGCAUGGCCAAUGUUUAUCUUUGGUACCCACUGAGUCUGAUAACUGGGGGGACUACUGCAAAAAUCAUGGUUGCAGCAAAAGAUAAUUUUCUGGGAAAAUAUAUCUACAAAGACACAAUUGCAAGAAAUCUUGCUGCAGUUAUCUACAAAGAUGAGAAGGAGAUACAGAAGACAGCGUUUAGGCAGUAUCGUGUAUUGCGGUCAGCUAAAGAGUUCAGAUAUGGCUACAAACUUGUUGAAAAUAACAAUGUGAGAUCUGCACUUUCUACCACAGAUGUCAUUGAGCUUCCAACACAAGGCGAGCUUAAGACAGUGCUUGAUAAAGUGAGGGACUUCUUUGGAGAUGCCAAAGAAUCUUUUGGGAAGCUGACUGCCCUGAAUUCAACAACCGAGGAGUCGGAGGAAAUGUCCAAUGAGAAAUCCAAGGUUCAAGGCUGAAGAGGAAGAAGAAGCCAUUUGCACAUCACAUUUGUUUAGCAAGUUUUACUCUGAAAUCAGAAAGCAUCAUGUACUAUAGGAGCAUGCAAAGCAAGGAAGUUUACACAACAAACUACUGCACGGUUUUGUUCUUAGAUCUCUGUUGAUUAAACAGAAUGCUAUUUCCUUUGUUGUUUACAUCUGAGCAAAAUUAAGCCUGUUCCCGUGUCUCAUACUCUCAUAAUUGAAGUACUGCAAUUUUGUGAAAUUGUUGGAAUCAAGGGAACUCCCUAAAUCAACAUGCAUCUGGGUAAAUCGCU